AAUGAAAUCGGUUUCAUGUCUUGAUGCGAACGCGCGAAAAAUAUGGUUAUAAAUAAUUGUAUAUAAAUAUAUAAUCGCUGAUAAACGCUUUAAGAAAUUGGGAUUUUAAAUAACCAAUUAAAGACGAGAGAGUUUAGGUGCGCAUUAAAAUGGCUUAUCAAAAUGUUCAAUGGCGCCAGGCGACUUAUUACCCAUUAUAUGCAAUGCCAUUGCAAAAUAAUUCAUCUCGCAAUCCAACCAUGGGCUGGUGUGCAUAUGGCAAUUGGAAUUCCAGCCAAAGUGUGCAGUAUACCCAAGGUGUACAAACAACGAAUUUAAACUUAGCUGCCCAGAUCAGUGGCUUGGAAUGCCAACUGAUAUCGCAGCUGGAUGCAAGAGGUAAGCAAGCAAUCCAGCUGAAAACUGUUUUGCAGCGGGAGACGGACUUACUUGAAGAAAACAAAAAGCUGCUCACGGAAAACACCAGACUGACGAAUUCGCUAAAAGCUGCCAAAGAUGAGCUAAGUGAUUUCAAGUCACAACUGAAGCGGGAGUCAAAUGUAAAAGCGGAACAAGCAAUCCAGCUGAAAAUAGUUUUACAGAAUGAGGAGCAUUUGGUUAAUGCUAACCAAAAGCUGAUAGCGGCAAAUGCUUUGUUGACGAAUUCGCUGAAUGCUAUCAAAGACGACAUAGCAGAUAGUGUUAAUGCCAAACUGAAGUGCUCCAAGCUAGAAGACGAACUUGCCAAACUCAAGUGUCAGCUGGAGCACCGCGACGCGCACGUGAAUGCUCUGACUGCGGUCAACGAAAUGCUUCUGAAUGGCAACGAGAAGCGGGACGAGACCAUUGCAAAAUACAAGCGAAAGCUGCAGAGAUACAUGAACCCCAGCUCAUCAUCUGAUUGUGAAUCGCUGCUAGAAAACAGUUCACUUGUACAAGUCAGUUGCAAUACUCCAAGUCCGAGACGUAUUGGCUGCAAGGCAUUGCAGGCGCCCAGUUCUCUUGGAGCUGAUAACAGCAUAGGGCCUUGGAUAUGUCUGUCCUGCGGCAGCAGUACGUCCCCCAUUAAUUUUUCAUCGUAUGCCGAGUUUCGGCGACAUUUAACUGAGUCGCACACGGAACCCAUUGAUCCGGCAUUGUGUGAGCUAUGCGGUUGGCGUUCUGACAGCGAUCAAGAGCUUCAUUUUCAUAUGUUUAAAAAACAUCAAAUCGAAUCGCUGUUCUACACAUUUUCCAAGUCGGCGAUCUUGGACAAGUGAAAACAGGCACAAUUUUUUAAAAUAACUUAAAAUUUAUUAAGUUUAAAUUAAUGGACUUAUGCUUAAAAAGUUGUUCUGUGUAGCUUUUUCUAUACAUUUUAUGUAAGUGGAAGAAGGCGGCAAAUGUAGAGCAAUAACUUUUUCUAUCUUAUUUUCUAAGUGAAACAUAAGUUUGAUAUUAAAUUGUACGUAUUUAUAAAAAAGUUUGUGCUUCCUUUAUUAUAUAAGGAAAAUACCACAGAUCAUCGAAGAAAAAUAAAGAAAUGUUCAAAAAUUUUCUAUUGCCUUCCGCAUAAAAGUAUUUCAUACACGAUUAAUUGUAAUUUGUAAUCUGAUCAUUCAACAUCAACAUUAUUAUCAAUUACAUAACAUGGUUUUUUAA